GGCGACGAGGGUACUGGCGUUGUGGGGCUGGCUAGGUCGGUAGCGGUUCCUGCUGCGGAUGGGAGCAGGCCGGCUCGGCGCGCCCAUGGAGUGCCACUGGGGGGUCGCUGCCACCUCUGCCUCGUCGGUCCGGGAGCCGGCGCCCGGCGGCGCCGAUGGGCGGCGGCGGGAGCCACUGCGGCGCCGGGCGAAUAGCGCGUCGGCUCCCGCUGUCGGGGCCUCGGUUUCGGCGGAGGGCGUAAGGCGGGGCCGGCCCGGCUCUUACAGCGGCGCUACGUCGGCCUCCCGUCAGCGCGUCGAAAGCCUCAGGAAGAAGCGGCCGCUUUUUCCUUGGUUUGGCUUGGAUAUUGGUGGGACCCUGGUCAAGCUGGUUUAUUUUGAACCCAAAGACAUCACUGCUGAAGAAGAAGAGGAAGAAGUGGAAAGUCUUAAAAGCAUUCGAAAGUACCUGACCUCCAAUGUGGCUUAUGGGUCCACGGGUAUUCGGGACGUGCACCUGGAGCUGAAGGAUCUGACUCUGUGUGGACGCAAAGGCAAUCUGCACUUUAUACGCUUUCCCACUCAUGACAUGCCUGCUUUUAUUCAAAUGGGCAGAGAUAAAAACUUCUCGAGUCUCCACACUGUCUUUUGUGCCACUGGAGGUGGAGCGUACAAAUUUGAGCAGGAUUUUCUCACAAUAGGUGAUCUUCAACUUUGCAAACUUGAUGAACUAGAUUGCUUAAUAAAAGGAAUUUUAUACAUUGACUCAGUUGGAUUCAAUGGACGGUCACAGUGCUAUUACUUUGAAAACCCUGCUGAUUCCGAAAAAUGUCAGAAGUUACCAUUUGAUUUGAGAAAUCCAUACCCUCUGCUCCUGGUGAACAUUGGCUCUGGGGUUAGCAUCUUAGCAGUAUAUUCCAAAGAUAAUUAUAAGCGAGUCACAGGUACCAGUCUUGGAGGAGGAACUUUUUUUGGUCUUUGCUGUCUUCUUACUGGCUGUACCACAUUUGAAGAAGCUCUUGAAAUGGCAUCACGUGGAGAUAGCACCAAAGUGGAUAAACUAGUACGAGACAUUUAUGGAGGGGACUAUGAGAGGUUUGGACUGCCAGGCUGGGCUGUGGCUUCAAGCUUUGGAAACAUGAUGAGCAAGGAGAAGCGAGAAGCUGUGAGUAAAGAGGACCUUGCCAGAGCGACUUUGAUCACCAUCACCAACAACAUUGGCUCAAUAGCAAGAAUGUGUGCCCUUAAUGAAAACAUUAACCAGGUGGUAUUUGUUGGAAAUUUCUUGAGAAUUAAUACGAUCGCCAUGCGGCUUUUGGCAUAUGCUUUGGAUUAUUGGUCCAAGGGACAGUUGAAAGCACUUUUUUCAGAACACGAGGGUUAUUUUGGAGCUGUUGGAGCACUCCUUGAGCUAUUGAAGAUCCCCUGAUUGUUACCUGGGGAGGGGUUCCUGGAACCUUCCACAAUGGGAUCUGUGGACUUGUUUUUUUAAGAGACUUACUCAGUUUUAUGAUUGUGUACUACCUGAAUCAAAGCGAGAAAGGACAAAUGUAUUUUUCUAAGUCAUCAAGAUAAAUCUUAAUAACCAGUAAGGAAAGAUAUAUAUUAAAAAAAAAAAAAGUGGACCAUG